AGAUAUGAGGUCGUCUGUGUUUCUCUACGCCACCUACUCGCUGUGUGUGGGUUUGGGCCUGCUCUGUGUGCUGUUUGUGACCUACUGGAGCUCACACUGGAAUGGGGGCUUCGCCUGGGAUCAUUCUGCCCUGCAGUUCAACUGGCACCCUGUGCUCAUGGUGUUGGGGCUGGUGGUUGUGUACGGCAACGCUGCUGUUUUGUAUCGUCUCCCGUUCACCUGGAAACAGAACAAACUCACCUGGAAGCUGGUGCACGCUGCACUGAUGCUUCUUGCUUUGCUGCUGUCUGUGGUGGGCCUGUACGCUGUGUUCGAUAACCACACAAGCAUAAACAUCCCCAACCUGUACUCUCUGCACAGCUGGGUGGGCAUCUGUACUGUGGCAUUGUUUGCACUUCAGUGGAUCCUCGGCUUGGCUGGUUUCUUGUUUCCUUGUUCUCCACUGUGGUUCCGAGGAUCCCUGAAACCUGUUCACGUCUGGCUGGGAAAAAUGAUCCUGAUCCUCGGUCUGAGCUCCUGCAUCAGCGGCAUCAAUGAGAAACUGCUGUUCACGCAUAAUGACAGCAGUGCGGAGCCGUACAGCACGCUGCCCGUGGAAGCAAAGUUUGCAAAUUUCCUCGGCAUCCUCCUCGUGGCCUUUGGAUUGGUCGUCUUUGGAAUCUUAUCCAAAAACAAAUGGCAGAGACCAGACGUGGAAAGUGUUCGACUUCUGCAAACUGACGACAACACGAGGAUAUGAUGGAGGCACCUAAAGUGCCACCCAACCAAUAGUACACAGGUUCUCAUUCAUUUGAUGACUUGUCAUGUUUGGUUGAAGUUGUUCAAAGAUUUGUUGAUGUGUGUGGUGAAUAACCAUUUUCUGUAAUUCUAACUGAGUGUAAAAUAAAAUCUUAAAAGUU